AUGAAGCGUUUCUUCUCCAAGCCGUCCAGUUUAAAGAGUCCAACGCAUUCGCCAUCCAGAUCACAAACUGUUUCUCCACCGCCCAGUAUCCAAGUUCCCACUAGCACUCAGGCUGGCAUCGCGCACACGACCGGUCUUCAACCUAGCUUUGUCGUUCCUCCCGUCCCACACCCACAUCCUCACGAAUACAUCGCGUUACUUGUCUCGAACGAUGGUCUGUUAAUGCGCCCUCAUGCGCCCGGGCUCAAGCAUCCAGGCGCUCACGUCCGUAUCGCUUGGGGGAAACAAGUAAAGGUCGAGGAAGUAUCAGGGGAUGGUGAAGAUCCAAGCAGAGAUUGGUCUGAGAGUACAAUAAUAUAUGGCAUUGUCGGAAUCUUGGAGCUUUUCUCUGCUUCCUAUCUACUGGUUAUCACCUCAAGAUCAGGCAUUGGCAGCUUGUUCGAUGACAAUCACGCAGUGUAUGGGGUAAAGAGUGUUACUGCAAUUCCUCUUGUACAGGACCGAGCUCGAACGGCCUUGAAUACCAUGGCAUCGCGAAACGCUGAUGCCAACAGACCAUCUCUGAUACCCAGUGACACAUCAGGUCGUCUUGAUACUACUCGAAGCACUUCAUCUCAUUUGAAUGUAUCCAGCAGCUCGGAGGCAGCGUCUCCUCACGUCAAGUUUGCUGAUGAGGAAGAUGUCAGACUUGUGACGCCGCUAACAGCUCGAUUUAGCGGCGAAAGCAACAGGUCACCAUCCCCUGCUUCCUCAGGGGCUUCUACACCAGGGUCGGAGGAGUCUAUGAGUACCUCUCCCGUAGCGACAACUAUUGCCAACCGUUUAUCUUUCUGGACAAGGCUGUCUAAGCGAACAUCUACCAGUGCUCCUACAAUGACAUUGGACAAAGACGACACUAGUGGUGCCUCACAGUCCCUGUUGGAGGAGCGAGAGUCUUUGGAUUCGAUCAUUCAAGGAGUCCAAGGAGUCCAAAGCGAACCCGAAAAGGUUAUUGAUUCAAUAAUUGCAGCUACUGCUCCUCCACCCACAUCUUCUGAUGAGAAGCACUCGGAACUUGAAGACCGAAUAGUGCGAGAGUGUAUCAAAGAAUUUACAAAAGGGGGCAUGUAUGCUGCAUAUAAUUUUGACAUCACACGAUCUUUGCAGCACAAACAAGAACAAUGUGUAAAAUCUCACAGGCAAGACUCCCUUCUCGCGGACCUCAAUGCACUGGAUAAGAAAGUUGGACCGCUCGACGACAAGGUUGAUGUUCUAGCGGAACCCUUCCCCAUGUUACCAUUGUGGCGGCGAGUUGAUCGCCAGUUCUGGUGGAAUGAGUGGCUCUCAAAACCAUUCGUUGAUGCAGGGCUGCACUCUUAUGUUCUUCCGAUCAUGCAAGGGUACUGUCAGUUUUCAAAAUUUGACUUGCCUGCCGAUCCCACUGUCCGCAAAGAUGAGCAUAUAGCUCCAAUUGAUUAUAUUAUUAUCUCUCGACGCUCGAGGGAUCGAGCAGGACUACGGUAUCAGCGGAGAGGUGUAGACGACGAGUCUCGUGUUGCUAAUUUUGUAGAAACGGAGACAAUAAUGAGAGUCCAGCGGAACGGUAUCUCGAACGUUUUCAGCUACGUGCAAAUUCGUGGUUCAAUUCCUUUGUUCUGGACACAAUCAGGUUACAGCUUGAAACCUCCCCCGCUACUAUCUCCAGAGAGAACCCGUGAGCAGAAUGUGGAUGCUUUACGGCGACAUUUCCAGAGAAACGUACCCAAAUACGGACCUCAUACCGUAGUCAAUCUUGCAGAAUCGCAAGGGAAAGAAGGGGCUAUCACGCAAGCAUAUCGCUCCUACAUGAAAGAAUUGAAUUAUAAAGAUGCUCGAUAUUGUGAAUAUGAUUUCCAUAACGAAACUAAGGGGAUGAAAUAUGAGAAUAUAUCCAAGUUAGUAGAUAACAUGGAACGCGUAUUCGAAAGCCAAGGAUACUUUUGGAUAUCGAAUGAUAUGCUACUAUCGAAGCAGAAGGGCGUUUUCCGCGUUAAUUGUAUAGACUGCUUGGACAGGACCAAUGUUGUGCAAUCGGCUUUUGCUCGACAUGUUAUGAACAUUCAUCUAGGAGCUGUCGCUCUCUUAAACCCAUCGGAAAAUGGGAGAUCAGAUACUGAUAUUAUAUUUAAUGACGUUUGGGCCAAUAACGGGGAUGCAAUAAGCCGUGCAUAUGCAGGGACAUCUGCAUUGAAGGGCGAUUAUACUAGAACUGGAAAGCGGGAUCUAGGUGGGCUACUGAACGAUGGCGUGAAUUCUCUUGCGAGAAUGUACAGUGCUACAUUUAGCGAUUGGUUUUGUCAAGCUGUUAUCGACUUCAUGCUGGGAUACCGCACUAUUUCUGUUUUUUCAGAAUUUUUACUGAAGCUUCAGUCCACGGAUCCAAGAGAGCUCAUUCGCUUGUCCAAGAUACGAGCGGAAGCCAUUGCAACUUCUGUAUCUCGUGUACUCGACGAAGGUGAACGCCUGAUGUCAGGCUGGACCGUGAUUGCCCCAGAACAGCUCAAUGUGAAAAUGGGAGAUAAAUUUGAAGAGAAAGUACUCCUUUUGAGUGCUCGUGCUUUAUAUAUCAUAAGUUAUGACUAUACCCUGGAGAAGGUCAAAAUGUAUACCCGUGUACCAUUAGGAGACAUCGUUAAGAUUACGAAAGGUGCCUACAUAUUAUCUCCUUUAGAGGAAGCCAGCCGAGAUCCUGUCCAGAACGCAGGCUUCACAGUUUCAUGGCUUCAUAGCCAGCAAAUCAGUACCCGCCUAACGAGCUACUCGUAUAGAAACCGUCCAGAAGAUGCCCCAGCUUCAUUUUUUGCAACUUUGAAAUCAAGAAGUAGCAUUAUAAAACCUGCUUUACCCAGUAGAGGUCCCAGUUCCGGCUCAGGACCUGGUUUGUCCCAGAUCAUGUCCCAAGCUUCACCUGUAGCAAACGAGACAAACUUCGCAGCAUUUAAAGUGCUACCUGUCGACCCCACACGUACCCGGCGCGGAUCUAGCAUUGGAUACGCAGAACCUGCAGAUGAUCUGGCAGGUGCCAGCAGUUGUCAGGAAGUGGUGAAUCUCAUGGUCGAUGCUGUCAAACGAGCCUGUGAUGAUAUUGGUGGGGUACAUGGAGAUUUCAUCGCUGAGGAAGACGUCGUUAGCGUUACCGAUGCACAACGAAUGACCAGUGUAUACGCUAAAAUGGAAUAUGGAGUUAAACGCCUACUUUGGCUUGGGGGUUGAGGCCGAGGCUUCAAUGAGUUUCACAGAGCCACACUCACGAAUCCUUCCUUACGACUUACAAAUGCCCUAUUUGACUGUAAGAAACGAUCACGUCACACUAAACUUGAGCAGUGAAUAAAAGUAGAAUUUUCAAC